AUGCCGGCUGGAUAUUCCUGGACAGGUUCUGCGACGUCAAUGACAACACACCAUAGGUGCCAUAAGCGAAUUUCACGUGCACGUGCCAAAUGCUGACUGUGCUCGACCACCACCACCACAGCAAUAGUAGCAGCAGCAGCUGCAGCUCCAUCUCGUACCCCACGAAGAAUCCGCCGAGCACCAUGGCAUCGUCGCUCAAGCGUCGGCGCACUGGGGACACGAAGAGCUUGGAAGCGUUGUCCCUGACGCUGAAAAUGAAGUGCCUGAUCGUCGAAGCCCACAUGACCAACAUGAAUAUGGACGUGCUGGAGCGCAACUUGGAAUCGAUUGCCAACGAAUUGGCGCUCUUAUAUGUCUUUGGCAUCCAGAACGAAUCGUCUUGCGUCCGGUUCAUGCACUCGGCCUACGAUCGCGUGAACAAGUUGAUGGCGAUGAAGAACGUGGACAGCGAACGUCGCACCCUUUCUUCCUCCCCCGAUGCGCUGUGGACGGCAUCCAAGUCCCAGGCGCUGUCGGUCCACGACGCCGAUGUGAACAUGACCGCAUGCUACGAAAUUACCCUCGACGACAUUGCCAUGUUCUGGAAGCAAAUACAGUUGGCCAAGGCCAAGGCGACUACGUUAUGGAACGCCGAGAACCUCCACGACGCGAUGCCGUACAUGCGCGCAGCCGACACGUACUUCAAGCGCCUGCACCUCAAGUGCCAAAAGCUCAACCUGGACUACGCCAUGAUCGGAGCUCGGUGCAUCGUCCCCAUGGCCAAGAAAGCCAAGCGCGUGUCGUUCGCGGACAAAGUCGAGUUCGUCGGCACCGCCCAAGCCGACUUCGAUCGGUCGCCCAUCUCCCCCACCAAACCUACGCCGUUGGAAGCGUUGUUAUUGCGUGCGUCGCGCGAGUUCCCCAUGCCUUCGUUUUAGAGCUAUACGUUAACCUUAUUUAUUCAUGUAUCGGCUUAGUCCUUGC